AAUUUGUUCACUUUCCCGGAGUAGAUUUUGGCCACCUUUUGUGUAAAGACACAAAGAAAACCAUGCAAUUAAUGGACGCCGACUGCUGAUGCGAUCGGAAUUAGAACCGCGAGCAAGCGGAGCUCACAGUGACCGUAACAUCCAGAUCACAGAUACUCGGAAGGAUCGUAAAGGACACGGAAAAUGCACGCCGCAUCUUUGACGACGGUGGAGGGACUGCUGCAGGAGUUUUAUCAGCCCAGCACCUCCAAUGCCCGGAAACGAGAGAUCGAGACAAACCUCUUGGCCUUCAAGUCCCAGCCAGAGGCGUGGCAACUUUGCCUCCGUGUGGCCACCUCUUCCGACACCACGGAGAAUCAGUUCCUCUGGUUCUUCAGCACCUCAACCUUGGAGCACACAAUCACGCGGAGAUGGACACAGUUGACGUCCACGGACAAGACUUUGCUGCGGGAGACCCUUUGGAACUCGUAUGCCCAACUGGUAGCCACUCCAAAUGUGGCCAAACGGCACAGGGACACACUGGCCCAGUUGAUAGCCCUACUCGGAAAGAGGGAGUUCCCUGAACAGGACCCCAAUUACAUGCAACACUGCAUGGAACUGACAAAAACACGGUUUCAACUUGGCAUCAACCUGCUUAAGAUCACCUCCGAGGAGGUGGUAAGCAACAGGGGCGACCUGACCACCGAAUGGAAGCAGUACUUCUACUCCUGCAUCUCCAUGUGUGUACCCGAUGUUCUGGACCUGGUAACCAAGUAUCUGCUAAUCGCUGUAUGCCACAUCAAUGGCAAAGACAUCCAAACAACCAUACCAAACACCCUCAUGGACUUUAGUCUAACCUCAGCGCUGCCAAAUGACAAUCAAUUAAGUUCCUCAAUUUUGGACCUGCUAGGAUGUGUGCAGCACUUGGUCUCCUGGAUACGCACUGAACUGAUCUCGGAGUACUUCCUUAUGAGCAUACUUGACCUUUCCCAGUGGCGACCAGCCCAUGAGCCCAUCUCCUUGGCGGCUCUCUCUGUGUUGAAUGAGCUCCUCUACCUCCAGAAGCCACUGCCCUUCCCAGGACCCUUGAUGGGCGGCGUUACCAGCCUCCUGGAGCAGCACAAUAACAAUCGGCGGCAGAGCGAGAUGUACAGCGACAAGUUUCGGGAGCUGCUGCGCCUCUACACCACCAAGUAUGCCGCCAAGCUGAUGCAGGAGCCAGACCUGCUGGAGACCUUUCUCAAUCUGCUAUACAGCUGCACCACUGAAUUACACGGCGCCUUGGACUUCACCGAAAAGCUUGAGAUCUGGACACCCAUCAUCAAAGGCAUUGCCCAGCACCCCGCCAAAAUCACGCGUUAUAACAAUGUGCUUACCCAGCUAGUAGAUGAGAUUAUGAGGCGCACUCAGUUUGAGGCCAACAAACCCGAGCUAGAAGUGCUGGACAACGAGCUCAUGGAGGACGAUACCUCCGCCACUGAGUGGCAGCAGUUUCUAGACCAAUGCUUCGAGUCCCUGGCCCUACUGGCCAACACCAGAGGUGCACACAUCGUUUUCGCACAGGUCUAUAACCACUGGUCACGGCCACAGAUGUAUUUACUGUCCUUGGAGCACGCAUUGGACCACGGAAGCGCUCGAAGCUACGAAGCGGCACGUAAACUGAAGGGCGCCAAUGUGGGCGAGAUUUUGCGCGACUUUGCCACCGUCUGCCAGGCGGUCGUGCGUUUGGCCCCAUUGAUGGACUCAUCAACAGCAGCACCCGGGGUUGCUGAUGAGAUGGAGUGCCAGCUGCAGAUGCUGUCCGACAGUUUGCUGCAGACUCUACAGCUCCUCGCAAGCAAUCGUUUGUAUAGCGGCGGCAGCGAAAUGGACAAAGCUACUUUCCAGACUGAUUUGGACAACCUAUACGCUCAAGUUCUACUGGCCAUGAGGAGCAUCUUUCCGCUAACGAAAGCCAUGAGCGGCGAGGAACUGCUGCACCGCCUGUUUGCUAUCCUGGGCAGCAUUUUCGCAUGCAAUGGAUCCUUAACGGCUGCCUCCCCCAUUGUGCAGCAGGCGGCAAGCGAGCUGCUGCUUUUCAUAUCGACUGUGAUACGGCCCAAGUGCCUGCUGGAUAUACCACAAAUCCAAAGCCUGCUGCAGGCAGGCUCUCGCUUGGGCGCCCAAUUGCCGCGUCAGGUGUGCAUCAAUGUACACAUCAGUCUGGUCAGCUACAUGGUGCUGCCGUGGAAAAGCGUUCCGGAGCAGCAGCAGGAGUAUCCGAGGCGUCUCUGGAUGCUGCGUGAAUAUGUCCAGGGGCUGGCACAGAACUUUCUGGAUCUGGACUUAGGCCAGGCCAACGAGAGCAAGGUGGCGGCCACCACGCUCAGUUUGCUGGGUACUUUCACUGCUCUCAUUGAGUAUUUUAAAGCUACUGGAGGCAAUGCCAAGGAUAUGCUGGCAAGCACUUUCAAGCCUAUUUUAACAAAGGCCCUAAUGAUUUUUAACAACUUUGGGCAAAGCAGCAUCGCCAUGGCCAUCACGGUGGCCGAGUUUAGCCUGAGCAUGCUCCGAACAUUGCCCACCCAUUUGGGGGCCCAGUUCAUUAAGGAAAUGAUCACCUUGUUCAUAAGUGUCAGCAGUAGGGAGCAACUGACUCUGAGCCGACUGGCUGUGAUGGAAAAAAUACUGCAGAUGUUCAAGUUGAUCGUGGAGCAGCCAGGGAGCGCCUCCUUGGGGCUGCUUCCCUCCAUUUUAGAUUUUAGCACUCAGCAGAUUCUGCCCUUGUUGCAGCAGCAAAAUGCGGCAACCGAUAACAGCGAGAUCACUAGCCUGUUGUACGCUUUGUUUGAUAGUGUCCUCACCUGCAAGUGGCAGUUCUUCUACAAAAAUCAGCUCUCCAAUGGUCACAGCGGUGGUGGCUCCGGCAACUUCAACUGCAGCGACAACCUGCAUCCAGCACACUUCAUGGCCAUCCUGAAUGCGUAUGGCCAGAUGCUGGUCAGUGGGACUGAUCCGAGCAAUGUGCGCAGCGUUCUCUUCUCAAUGCAAAAUGUGAAUGAGAGGAGUCGGUUGUACCAACGCGCCUUGUUCAAGGAGCAACUGCUGGCUUCAUUUCAGCGGGCCUUGCUCAAUCUGCUGUUGAGUGGAGAGGGCUCCCUCCACUUCGACAUGAUUGCCCAGGCGUUGUAUGCUAUGGGCCAGGUGGACCGACGCCAGUUGCUCGAGAGCUUCGUUCACGCCUCUUUGCCAGUGGCUCAGACGUCGCUGGAGGAGAUCUGCCAGACAAAUGUACUACCUUUUAUUGUUCAGGACAUUCCAACGUUUACGCAGAAACUCACGCAGCUCAUGCAGGACGCCCACUGCGUGCACCUCAAUGAGACGGCGUAGGCCUUCCUUCCCUCAAGCGCGGGACUUUAACAGCUCCCCAUCCUUGUUCCGUAAACCACGGCCGCAUACGAUUAGGUUCUUGCAUGUAUAUAAAGUACUAUAUUGUUUUAUUUUUGUAACUUUUAAAUGUAAUAUGCUGUCGCAUUUUGCAUGCCAUAUUUCCCGAUACUGUCUGUCAUCUACUUCAGGUCCUUUGUCUUGUGGGCCGUGUCCCCAAAGCCCUAUGUUCUAACACCAUCCCACCAGAUUGCGUUUGGUUCUUCCUUGUGCGAUGUUGUAUUUCUGUUUAGAAAGCUCAGCAUUCGUCCCGAUUGAAAAAGACAUUAAAUGUUAACUUAAAACAAGCUUCGUACAUAGAUUUAAGUGCAUUAUUAUCUUUAGUUUUAUGUCUACCACGUAACGAAUAUACGAUUACUCUGCUUUCUGUGCUGUCACCGCAACUCGAUAAAAGUCAUACUACAUAUACAUACCUACAUAUAUCUUAGUAGCAUAUACAUUUAUAUCCAUAAAUUAAUUAGCAUAUCUCAACAUGUAAAUCAGUUACGUUGUAAGCAAGUAUAAAGUAUCAAGUAAGAAAAUAGCUGGAAGGGCCGAAAAACCCAGGUACGAAAUUAUGUAUGUAAUUUAUUUCGGGAAAACCUAACACCACCACCAACCAAAAGUAAAUUCAAGGCGUUUAAAGUCCGUUGUAAUGAUUUGAACUAUGUAUGAAUGUAUGUAUGUAUGUAUAAUUGCUUAAGUCCUGCAAUCAAAAGUCCAAUAAAACUAUUUUUACCAUUUUAUUCGCCAGUUGUUCGCAAUUAGAUAUGUAUUUG